AUAUAAAAACCGGAUACAGCGGCGGCGGCGGCGGCGGCAACAGAGUAUUUUUUGCGCUUGUUUUACAGUAGUAGCAUUAAUAAACAGUCGUCUCUUGUCACAUGUUACUGUCAUAUUUUCGCUAUAUGAAGGACCUCGAUUGAGCGAUUCUACUCAUAUCAAAAUGCCAUUCUUCGAGAUUAUUGGUAUCAUUGCGAUUGUUUAUUACGCGUUCUAUUUUAUUUAUCCGUGGUUCCUUGAUUGCGAUCUUAAUCUAUCGCUUCGAGAAACGUUUGGACAGCCUAUCGAAACAUUGAGAGGAAAAGUUGUCUGGAUCACGGGGGCUUCAAGUGGCAUUGGGGAACAUUUGGCGUAUGUGCUUGCUAAAGCACAUUGCAAAUUGAUAUUAUCUGCGAGAAGAGCCAAUGAACUUGGCCAAGUCAAGGAGAAAUGUUUAAAAGUUAAUCCGCACCUCCAAGAGAGCGAUGUAGAAGUCAUGGUGAUGGACAUUUGUGACAUUGACAAUCAUCAGAAAUGUUUCGACCACGUAAUCAAGAAAUUUGGAAAGUUAGAUAUUCUGGUGAAUAAUGCAGGCAGAUCCCAACGAGCAGUCUGGGAAAAGAUUGAUUUACGAGUGGACAAGGAACUCUUUGAUCUUAAUGUAUUCUCUCUAGUGGCACUCAGUCGUAUUGCGUACGGUUAUUUUGAGGAAAUUGGGCAUGGUCACAUUGUUGUUACCUGCAGUAUCGCUGGAAUUCUGGGGGUUCCAUUCUCUGGAUCGUACACGGGAUCCAAGCACGCUCUACAUGGAUAUUUCGAGAGUCUUCGCACCGAGAAGCAAAACAAAAAUAUUCCCAUCUCUAUAGUAUGCCCUGGUGCCAUCCAAACUCCAUUUUUAUCCGAGAGUUUCACCGAGACUGUUGGCAAGAAAUUUGGCCAAGUAACUCCACAUGCGAAAAACAAACUGAGUCCCGAGCGUUGUGCUCACCUGAUAGCAGUGGCCAUUGUCAAUCAUGUCGAUGAAUGUUGGAUUGCAAAUUGCACAACUCUUCAGCUUGUUUAUCUUGUGAAAUACUAUCCAAAUCUUGCUCGCGUGGUUCUGGAGCUUUUAGGCCCAGCAUUCUUACAACGCCUGCGUGACAACAAAGUUACAAUGCCUGUAAAAUAGGGCAAGAACAAAGAUGGACAACUUUUCCUUGAUGAGAAAUCUUCAUUUUUUUUGUACGACAAUAUUUUUUACAUAAAGAAAGAAAGAAAGAAAGAAAGAAAGAAAGAAAGAAUAAUAAACAAAUACACUAUUCGGUAAA